GGGGGGAGGGGGGGGAGAAACACAAACAGUCACGGGACCAGGAGGAAUACGCGAAAACUAUAAAUAGCCUCGAUCUGUGGUAGCUAACAAUGUCUGCCAUAGGUCUGAGAACUCGAUUUCCAGUUGUUUCUGUGUAAUCAGGGAUGGGCCGAAGAAGAGAUGAUUGAUCAUCCAUCAGUUGUAAGAUAUCAAUGGAAAAGAAGAAGAAGAAGCUGCCAGUUUCUAUUGGGUGUUUUUGCUUUAAUCCAAUCAGAGACAUCGAAAUCAACAACAAGAUCAUUAAGAGAUGAAAGAUCACAUAUAUAAUAUUCUUUCGCCGGAGCAAUGUAAGGUGAAAUACCCUGAGCUUUUUUAUGACGAUAAACUGACCUUUUGGAGAAGUUUUACACAAGCCUGGCCAAAUUUGACAAGCAUUAGGUCGUCAUCUUCUUCCCUUUAACUAAGCAUUACUUGUAUUUUAGGACAACUAGAGAAAUUUGAUCUGCAUAUGCUAUUUCCUUGGUUCCUCUGAUGCUCUCUGUUACUGGCUAAUUUUACACUGGUAGGUAAGUUGUAGCAUUAUGUGUUAAACUGUGGGCUCUGUACUUGGAACAGUGCUCCCUGAUUGUCUUUCUUUUACCGGGCAUCGCCUUCUUUUACCUUAUUCCAUUCCAAACACAUGAUGAGUGUGCUGUCGAGGCUACUGUGUGUAACUAGGAGGACUGUCUCAUUCUUCUUUGGUCUUACAAUUUCUUGAAGUUUAAGGAUUCAGAUAAUAGCUUAUCAUUUGCCUCGAGCUUUCUCUAUUGUUUAUUGACAUUGAAAUCAAGAUUUAAUGCGUUAGAAGUAGAUGAGGAUGACUCUUUGUCUACCAUAUAAAAUUUUUGUGGUUAGGAAGAGAGAAUUCGUAAUAAUAAAAAAUAUUCAAAAGAAAAAAAAACAGCUGGGUCACUGUUCUUGACAAGACCAAACCAUUUUUUCCUUGCUUCUUCCUCUCUUCUUCUUGCCUCUCUUUCAUCCCUAUCCUCUCCACCGCCACCCCCUGACCCAGGCAUCCCCUUCGGCUCAGGAUCUUUCCCUCCCUCCCACACAAACCUCGGUUCAAGAUUCAACGUGGCCAUGAAAUCAAGCUCGGGCUCUCAAACAGAUGGUGGGCUCAAACAGAAAGUGGAGAUCAAGAUUCAGUCGUCUGGAACAAGGACACUAGUGAAUGGAUUAGCACAGGGGUUGAGACUAAACACAACUGUUCCUUACAGAACCUGGUUCCAGGGAAAACAGGUUGCUGGGUGGACACAAGUAUAUGGUGAUAUAUUAUCUUUUGCAACCAUUAGAGGAGCAUCACAUAGAGCUCCAUUUUCACAGCCAAAUAGGUCUAUUGUGUUGUUUAAUGCAUUCUUGGAAGGAAAGCAACUACCACAAGCCCUAUAGUGUACUGACCAAGUUCAUAAAUAAAUUAAUUUCAUAUCAA